AUGCCUUUGUCCGGUAUACGAAAGCUGCCUGCUACUCCGGUGACGGAGAGGGUCGAACGAGCGACGAUCUUGGAACCUCCACUAAGCCCUGGGCAGGGUGAAUUGGCAGCAUUGAUGCAUGAGGCGGUUUUGUCAGAGGAUGCGCUGGACAAGGGCGAGCUUCCCAGCAAGGAGUAUGCGGACAUGAACCGGUACAAGGGCAAGCAAGCAAAGCACGUCAAGGAGUUGGAGAAUGGCAGGAAGAGGGCGGGGCUAAGCCGACAAAGGGCCAGCAAGAGAUUUUCGAUGGGUCAAGGUCACGAGACAGAGCCUUCAUCGCACGAUUAUCAGAAGGCCUGUGCCUCGGCGUCAGCUGGGAUGAGUACGACGAACGGGACGAUGAAUAACUUGGUUGCGUGGAGAUUUCUGCGAGUGUUGCAGAAGAGGAGGGCGAUGGCGAGGGUACUUUUGACGAGCGAUACGAGCGGUCUCAAGGAGAAGAUGGAUGGGUGGAGGGGCUAUUAUAAGGGCAAACUGGAGAUUUCUUACGACGACCCGAAGGGCAUGGGCGAUUUAAUUCAUAGAUAUGCAGAGGGUCUGCAUCCGGGCAAAUCCACCGUCUAUCCAUCGUCACUACCUGGCUUCUUCCCUCCCCUACAUCGGCGUCAAUGUGUCAUGGAACCUUUCAACCUACCAAUGUUGGAUGGCCUCCGUCUUGUCCCAGCCCUACGCAAUGGCAUCGCUCUAGGAAUCGAGGCACUCGCUCGCCUCCCAUCGAUCAAGACCCUUCCGCAUGCGGCUAUGCUGGGCCACCGCGGUGUCAACGUCCAUGGAUCGGAGAGUCGGAGCAAGUCAACGGUCAUCCGCAUUGAAAACCUGCACGAGGGGCAAAAGAUGGAGGAGAUCGCAAAGAUGACUGGAGAAAAGACUUUUGUCAGUUAUGCGUCGGGCCUAUCGAAGUGCGAUGGACAAAGAAAGACGUACACGGUGUAG